AUGACAGCGCAGAUCUCGCGUCUGGACCGCCAGGUCGUGCUGCUCGAGACCGGGUCGACCCAGGUGGUGCGGAACAUGGCCGCAGACCAGUUGGGCGACCUGGCAAAACAACACCCAGAAGAUACGUUGUCGCUACUGUCUAGGGUGUAUCCGUUUCUGAUGGCUCGCAAAUGGGAGACACGGACCACCACGGCUCGCGCCGUGGGUGGCAUCGUGUCUCACUCGCCAGCCUGGGACCCCAAUGAAGAUGAUGACGACGACGACGACGACGACGAAAAAGAACAAGACAAUGAGGACAAAAAAAGUACAUCAGAGUCCGCAGUGGACAUUCCGGGAGAGUCGGCCAAGGUCAAACUGGAAAACGAAAUACGGCUCAAGCUGGAAGAAGUGGACAACACCCAGGAGUGGAAGUCGCUAGAAGACGAUAGCAAGCUGUUAUCGCUCGCUGACUGGAAUCUGCACGAAGUGCUCAAGUUUGGAAAACCGUUGCUGGCUUCAAGCAUCGAUGAGUUUCCAGGCGCCACAGUAGACCUGGUGGGCUCCAAGAUGCCCAAACUCGAACACACGGGGCCUUCAGACGAGUAUCUGCCGACAAUGUCGCAGGACCAAGUAGCAGAACUAGCGAAAAGUGAGCCUGACGGUGGACUUUUAGAAACGUCCAAGAAAAGCGCACGCAUGAUGGCAAUGGCUAAACGUAAACGCAAGAUUCAGGCCAAGACCACCACCAAAAAACCGGUUGAUAUAUCUCAAAGCUCGAUUUCAAGGACGCUUAUGGCCCAAGACGAUUCAAGUCAAAGUCCCACACCAUCGCCCACGAUGUUGAAUAACCCCAAACUGGAAGUGACAGAACAAACGGAUUCCAGGCGUAUUAUGGUCGAAUCAAUGGUCAUCCCAAUAAUGGAAAAGCAUGACAAUGUAGCAGGACUUGUAUGGCAAUUCCAAGGCAUAUACGAGUUGUUAUUGGAAAAUCUGAUCAGCGAUGCCUGGGAAACGCGUCACGCAGCAGCUCUGGGACUUCGAGAAAUAAUUAAAAAGCAUGCAAAGAGCGUGGCGCGAAUAAAGGGAAAAUCCAAGCGUGAAAACGAUCGUCGUAAUAGAAGAGCUUUGGAAGAUUUGGCUACUCGACUUUUGACCGUCUUUGCUUUGGAUAGGUUUGGAGAUUUUGUUUAUGACACUGUGGUUGCCCCAGUGCGUGAAUCUGUCGCCCAGACCAUGGCUGCAUUAUUAUUGCAUUUGGACGACGAUCUAAGCAUCCAAAUUUUUGGAGCUUUAGAGCAACUUGUUUUGCAAGAUCCGAAACUGAUAAGUUUACCGCAUAAGAUAUGGGAAGCCACACAUGGAGGUCUUCUUGGAAUUCGCUAUUUCGUAGGAAUCAAGACGGAAUUUCUUUUUCAAAACGAUUUACUCGAGAACGUGGUGAACAUUGUACUUUACGGAUUGAAAGAGCACAACGAUGAUGUUCAAAGUGUGGCCGCUGCUAUACUGGCCCCCAUCGCCGUCGAGUUUGUUAAGUUGGAAACGAACACCAUAGAUCUCGUUUUGAGCACCAUAUGGAAUCUUUUAACACACUUGGAAGAUGAUUUGUCUUCGAGUGUUGGAUCUGUCAUGGACCUCCUUGCCAAGCUAUGCGAACAGCGAGAAGUUUUAGAUGUCCUCAAAUCAAAGGCUUUGGCAUAUCCACAGGAAUGGUCUUUCAAAAGCCUUGUACCCAAGCUGUACCCGUUUUUACGCCAUUCUAUCACUAAUGUGAGGAAAGCUGUUUUAAACCUGUUAAAGGCAUUUUUAUCCAUACAAGAUGACUUUGUGAAACAUUGGAUAAACGGUAAAGUAUUUCGUCUCAUUUUUCAGAAUAUACUGCUCGAGCAAAAUCCUCAGGUCUUGGAGCUUUCGUUUGAUGUUUACACCUCAAUGCUAAAGGAGUACAAAACGAAGAACCCGGACAAAACUUUAGAUCAUUUGUUUGGCAGGCAUUUGGCGCCUAUUUUGCAUCUACUCAUCACGCCGAUCGGUGAACAUGGAAAGAGUUAUAACAUGGAGCUCCAGUACAUUUUGAAGCCAUCUCCACAUUACCAGUUGAUCUCGGAACGGAAAAGGAACACGCAUGCGGAUCUCAAGUCAGAUAUCCCACCUCCUGUCAACAGCGAACGGGUAAACAUCGACGCUCCCAUGAUUGCUGGUGAUGUGACGCUUUUAGGAACGGAAGUCAUUUUCAAUACCAGAGUUACGGGCGCCAAGGCACUUGGUAUCACGCUAUCCAUGUUCCAAGAAUCCACUUUAAAGUCAUUUUUUUCAAAUGUCUUAUUGGACUGUUUGAAACUUCCAUACGCUACACCACGCAUGCUUGUGGCAAUAAUAAUAUCUGAGCUCUGCUCUAAUUUGACCGAACAGUCUGAUCACCCUGACCGCGACGAUCUCAUCAACUUCAUUUCUGAAAAUUUUGGACCUGUUUUCAUCGGAAACUUAACAGAUCCUUUAACUCUACCCGUUUUUAGAGAACUUGUGCCCAGUCUGAAGGCUUUGAGAACACAGUGUCAGAGUUUGUUGACGACCUUUGCAGACGUUGGUAUGCUUUCGCCUCAAAGGCUUCCGCAACUUGCCAUUAUAGUUCAAGGCGAGGCUGAAGCCGGAUCAGAAGCAUUUGGUAUUGAAACGGCGGAAAAAACAUACGGUGAGACAAGCGACAAGCUCUUCCGUCAUUUGAGUAACUCUCAUAAGAUCUUGGCCAAAAAACCUAUCGAGGACGCUAAACAUCGUGUUCUGCAAGCUAUAGAAUCGGCUAAGGAGGCAAAGCGUUCAAGGAUUUGCAAUGUCCUGGCCAACUAUGCAUCAGCUACAUUACUGUUCUCCGGCCUGCCUUCAAAGUUGAAUCCAUUCAUCAGGUCACUAAUGGACAGUAUCAAAGAAGAGAAUUACGAAAUUUUACAGAAGAGGUCCGGUGAUGCAAUCUUGAACUUAGUCGUCGAAUUGGUCAAGCAAGGCAAAGGCAAUGUGGCCAAUAAGAUUGUCAAGAACCUUUGUGGCUUCUUGUGCGUCGAUACUUCGGAAGUACCUGAGUUCGCUCUAAACUCCAAUUAUGGGGAUCACAUUCUAACUUUGGUGCGUGAACAAAGUGCAUUGGCUUUCCAAGACGAUUCAAACGCCCAAAAAGCAGCACAUGAAGCACAUAUUAAACGUCAAGGUGCUUUAUACACCCUCAGUGAAUUCUUACUUCGUCUCGGCUCUAAAGUCUUGGAACUUGUUCCACAAGUGAAGCACAUAAUCUUUGAUCCACUCGAACGCGUAUCAGACAAGGAUGGAGGCCAACCUUCCGAUUCUAAGAGCGGUCAAGAAGUUGUCGACGCAAUGGGUGUCUUAAGAGCGCUCGUUGUGUAUAUGAGCAAAGACGUACAAAACAGUGAGGUUCUUCCCCGCUUACCGUACCUCGUCAAAUAUUUGAGGUCUGAUCUUCCAGUUUUCAGGUAUUCGGCGGCAAGAGCUUUUGCCGAUUUGGCCAACACACUUCCGAUCCAGGUUCUUCCGUUUAUCAUACAAAAGGCAUUGCCGUUAAUGAGCAACCCCUCUUCUGUGACAGAUAGACAAGGUGCCACUGAGCUAGUUUAUCAUCUAGCGUUGUGCAUGGGAAGCAAUAUCUUGCCAUACGUUAUUUUCCUCAUUGUUCCUCUGCUUGGUCGAAUGAGUGACUCGGAUCAAGAUAUCAGAACUCUUGCAACGUCUACUUUUGCUUCCAUAAUCAAACUUGUUCCACUCGAAGCUGGUAUACCAGACCCUGAAGGGUUACCUCAAGAGCUUAUGGAAGGUCGUGAAAAAGAAAGAGACUUCAUUCAGCAAAUGAUGGAUCCUUCAAAAGCUAAACCUUUCCAUUGUCCCGUUGCCAUCAAGGCAACAUUAAGAAAGUAUCAACAGGACGGUGUCAAUUGGUUGGCGUUCUUGAAUCAAUAUCAUCUUCACGGUAUCCUUUGCGAUGAUAUGGGUUUAGGAAAAACGUUACAAACUAUCUGCAUUAUCGCAAGUGAUCAAUACCUCAGAAAUGAGGAAUAUGAAAAAACAAAGGCCAUAGAAAGUAGACCACUACCUUCCCUGAUCGUUUGUCCACCUUCUCUCACUGGUCAUUGGGAGCAGGAGUUUGAGCAAUACUCACCUUUCUUGAAAGUGGUAGUGUUUGCAGGUGGACCAUCCACGAGAUAUCCUCUGAGAGAUAAACUAGGAGAAGCAGACAUUGUUGUAACGUCUUAUGACGUUGCUCGAAAUGAUAUCGAUAUCGUCACUCAAUAUGACUACAAUUAUUGCGUCCUUGAUGAAGGGCACAUAAUAAAAAAUGCGCAAUCGAAACUUGCGAAGGCAGUAAAACUGGUAAGAGCAAAUCACCGCUUAAUAUUGACUGGUACUCCAAUCCAAAACAAUGUUGUUGAAUUGUGGUCUUUGUUCGAUUUCCUGAUGCCUGGAUUUCUCGGUACAGAAAAAAUGUUCCACGAGCGAUUUGCAAAGCCUGUUGCUGCUUCUAAGAACAGUAAAACCUCCUCAAAGGAGCAGGAAGCAGGGGCACUGGCCCUGGAAGCUCUACACAAGCAAGUUCUUCCUUUCAUGCUGCGGAGGUUGAAAGAAGAGGUUUUAUCCGAUUUGCCUCCAAAAAUAAUCCAAGACUACUAUUGUGAAUUGAGUGAUUUACAAAAGCAGUUGUACAAAGAUUUCGCGAAGAAGCAGAAGACAACUGUAGAGCAGGACAUUGAAAACGUUGCUGAAGUGGACAACAAACAACACAUUUUCCAGGCUCUUCAAUACAUGAGAAAAUUGUGCAACCACCCGUCACUAGUCGUGUCCAAGAAUCAUCCACAAUGGCUUCAAGUUCAAAGUUAUUUGAAGCAGACAGGCCUCAGUCUUCAUGACGUCGCGCAUGCUCCUAAACUAGGGGCGCUUCGCAAUUUACUGUUGGAAUGUGGCAUAGGAGCUCAAGAUGCAGAGAAAAGCUCUAAACUUUCUUUGCCCUCCACUGACAGUGUCAUCAGUCAACAUCGCGCCCUCAUCUUCUGCCAGUUGAAAGACAUGCUGGAUAUGGUCGAAAAUGAUUUAUUCAAGAAGCACAUGCCGUCUGUGACUUACAUGAGAUUGGACGGGAGCGUUGAAUCUCGCGAUCGACAGGCAGUAGUGCGCAAAUUCAAUGAAGAUCCUUCGAUCGAUUGUCUUCUACUCACCACGAAGGUUGGUGGUUUGGGUCUCAACCUCACAGGUGCCGACACAGUUAUUUUUAUUGAGCACGACUGGAACCCUAUGAAUGAUCUACAAGCGAUGGAUAGAGCCCAUCGUCUGGGCCAGAAAAAAGUCGUGAACGUCUAUAGAAUUAUCACCAGAGGCACGCUGGAAGAAAAAAUCAUGGGUCUUCAAAAGUUCAAGAUGAACAUAGCAUCGACCGUUAUCAACCAACAAAACUCGGGGCUCGCCUCAAUGGACACACAUCAAUUACUAGACCUUUUCGACACGGAUAAUGUUCCUUCCCAAGAAAAGGAAAGCAAAGAGGGCAAAAUGGAUGAAAUCGUUAAUGAAUCCGGUCUGUCUGGCAAGGCUAAGGAAGCUGUUGGUGAACUCACAGAACUGUGGGAUACUAAACAGUACGAUGAAGAAUACAACCUGGAUAAUUUCAUCAAGACCUUGCGUUGA